GCCGCCGCCCCGGACCAUGGUCUGCGCGAGAGGAGCCGCCGCCGCCGCGCUGCUCUUCCAGGGCCUCCGCUCGGGUCUGCCACAGUUUCGGGUCAGCUUCCUGCAUACGGAAUUCGAAGGAAGGCCAUCCAAGGUGGUCUCUCAGGCCAACAUGAAGGUCGAGAUCCUCCCAGCGCUGACGGACAACUAUAUGUACCUCAUCAUCGACGAAGACACCAAGCAAGCUGCGAUUGUGGAUCCAGUGCAGCCCCAGAAGGUUGUGGAUGCAGUCAGAAAACACGGCGUGAAGCUUACCACCGUUCUAACCACUCAUCACCACUGGGACCACGCUGGUGGCAAUGAGAAACUGGUAAAGAUGGCGCCAGGGUUGCAGGUGUACGGGGGAGAUAGCCGGGUUGGAGCCCUCACCCAGCGAGUCUCUCAUCUAAUGUCGUUUCAGGUGGGCUCCCUCAACGUGAAAUGCCUCUCCACUCCAUGCCACACAUCUGGACACAUCUGCUAUUUCGUCACCAAGCCCAACAGCUCGGAGACCCCAGCCGUGUUCACAGGGGAUACUCUCUUCGUGGCCGGCUGCGGAAAGUUCUUCGAAGGGACCCCCGAGGAAAUGUACAGAGCUCUGAUUGACAUCUUGGGACGCCUCCCGCCAGAAACGAGAGUCUACUGUGGUCACGAAUAUACCAUCAACAACUUGAAAUUUGCCCGGCAUGUCGAACCCACCAACCCCUCUAUCCAGCAGAAGCUGUCCUGGGCAAAGGCCAAGUACGAUAGCGGGGAGCCCACCAUCCCGUCGACCAUCGGGGAGGAGUUCACCUACAACCCCUUCAUGAGAGUGAGAGAGGCGACCGUUCAGCAGCACGCCCAGGAGACAGACCCCAUCCGGACGAUGGGAACCAUCCGGAAAGAGAAAGAUGCCUUCCGGGUGCCCAAAGACUGACUUCUCCUCCCCGAUUCUCUUCUGCUGCUCGUGAAAAAACAUAUUAAUUUAGUUUCUGGGAGUUCAAUCUACGUGUUCCGUUUUAAAAUCAUUCAUGUUUAGGAAAUAUUUUAAUUUCGUUUGAAAAGGAAACAAAACACUCAAGGCACUUUGUGGUUGUUGGAAAUGUUCUAAAUGCUCUUUUAAAGGUGUUAAAAUUGAUUUCUUCUUCUA